AUGUUAAAGAAAGACGUUCGAGAGUGGUUGAUCAAAGUUGACUUUGCCGACUACUGUGAAAGUUUUAAAGGUAUGUUCUACGAUGGGCAUAUUGUGCCGCGAGCAGACAGACGACGCAAUUCGGCAACGCGGCGCUAUUUUUCGAUUCUCAUUGACAUAUAUGUAACUUUGAUCCGGAUUUAAGUUUUUCAAAGAUUGCGCUCUAACAUAUUGAGUCAUUUGGUAUAUAUAUUUUAAACGUUCCUUUCGUUAGCGGUUUCAUUUACUUUGAAAAUUCAAAAAUCGCGCCGCGUUUUUGAAACGCCUCCGGUGUGUCAUAUGUACCGGCACUAUCUUCUGCAGAUUUUCAGUAUAUGUUCACCGCACUGUGACCCAAUCUAUUAAAAAAUGUAAACGCUAGGUGCUAUUUAACUGUACAGCAUUGAUUAUGGUGUUUGCGCGUAAAAUCCUUCUUUUGAAUCACCAUUCGUGCGAAAUUUUCUGUUAGUAAUAUGAUCAUUGCCAAACAUCAGAUUGAUCAUGCAGAAAGACCGAGUGUAAAUAUUAUGCCUAGGUUUAUAACGUUUAUUAUAUAACAAAGGGUCGCAUGUGACAAUAUGUGAGUAGCUAUAUGUUCCCCAAUGUGAAAAUUAUUUUCAAUUGCUCGCCAACGGCUAAAUUCCAAAUUAUAUGCAGAUAGGAAGGCAAUAAUAUUCAUCCUACUAUGUUGGCUUUAUAUUGUAACGCUAAAAGUUGACACCUAUUACGAAUGCAUGGUAAAACUGUUAUUCGCCAUUCAGAAACUAAAGGGAAACAUGAAAAGAAUAAUUAAGAUGACAUUCACUGAUUUUUUAGACAAUAUGAUUGAUGGACAAGCUUGGCUCAACGAUCAAGGUUGGUUUUACUUUCAUAUUUUUAAAACAGCUUGAAAGUCAAUAAUAUUGCAGGUUAUGCAGAACGGUGAUCCAAUAAUCACGCAGCAGCUACUAUAUCUACUGUAACAUGUAUGAGAGGUAUGGUUGGCCUUAAAAGUUGACUCUGGAAGUCUCUUUUCCACAGUUUUCUACAUGAAAUCUUUGACUCAGAUGAGGGGGUGCAUGAUUUUUAACUUUGCAUAGUCGAAAUAUAGUAAAGGAGGAAUCAGUAGGAUUUAUUAAUAGAAACGAACUUGUGUGUUAAAACAGCAAUAGUAAUGAACUUAAACACAGUUUGUUUUGAAUUUUGAUCUUAGUAGUGCUGUUUUCAGCUUUUGUGUAAGGCUGGUACUUGCCGCCUUUGACCAAUAGCUCACUCAGGUGGCACAUCUUAGAGCCACCUGUCAGUGGGAACUGCUAUGGCAUAAUUCAAAGCUUGUAUACAUUCAUGCUGAUGCAGUUUACUGUUGUUGUGUAAGGCUGGUACUUGCCGCCUUUUACCAGCACUUCUUUUGAGUGGCAUGGUCAAACAAGCCGCUCAUGAAAGGGGAGAUGCAUGAAUGUAUACCUUCUGUAUUGACAAUUUUCUAUUUUGCAUCAUGGUCAAAUAUAUAGCAAAUGAAAGAAACAGUAGGUUAGUAUAUACAUAUGCAUGCAGUAUAUUUUCCUCUAUCUAUAUGAUAAUUUAAAAAUAGCACUUUUUAGCAUUUCAUGAACCAAAAUGUACUCGUAUAUAAAUUAUAUAUAUUACAAUUACAAUAAUUACAAUUUUACUUAUAUUAGACAAAUGAACUUGUGAGUUAAUUAAAACAGCAAAGGUAAUGAACUUAAAUAACAAUACAGUUUGUUUUGAAUUUUGAUCUUAGUAGUGCUGUUUUCGGCUUUUGUGUAAGGCUGGUACUUGCCGCCUUUGACCAAUAGCUCACUCAGGUGGCACAUCUUAGAGCCACCUGUCAGUGGGAACUGCUAUGACAUAAUUCAAAGCUUGUAUACAUUCAUGCUGAUGCAGUUUACUGUUGUUGUGUAAGGCUGGUACUUGCCGCCUUUUACCAGCACUUCUUUUGAGUGGCAUGGUCAAACAAGCCGCUCAUGAAAGGGGAGAUGCAUGAAUGUAUACCUUCUGUAUUGACAAUUUUCUAUUUUGCAUCAUGGUCAAAUAUAUAGCAAAUGAAAGAAACAGUAGGUUAGUAUAUACAUAUGCAUGCAGUAUAUUUUCCUCUAUCUAUAUGAUAAUUUAAAAAUAGCACUUUUUAGCAUUUCAUGAACCAAAAUGUACUCGUAUAUAAAUUAUAUAUAUUACAAUUACAAUAAUUACAAUUUUACUUAUAUUAGACAAAAUGAACUUGUGAGUUAAUUAAAACAGCAAAGGUAAUGAACUUAAAUAAGAAUACAGUUUGUUUUGAAUUUUGAUCUUCGUAGUGCUGUUUUCGGCUUUUGUGUAAGGCUGGUACUUGCCGCCUUUGACCAAUAGCUCACUCAGGUGGCACAUCUUAGAGCCACCUGUCAGUGGGAACUGCUAUGACAUAAUUCAAAGCUUGUAUACAUUCAUGCUGAUGCAGUUUACUGUUGUUGUGUAAGGCUGGUACUUGCCGCCUUUUACCAGCACUUCUUUUGAGUGGCAUGGUCAAACAAGCCGCUCAUGAAAGGGGAGAUGCAUGGAUGUAUACCUUCUGUAUUGACAAUUUUCUAUUUUGCAUCAUGGUCAAAUAUAUAGCAAAUGAAAGAAACAGUAGGUUAGUAUAUACAUAUGCAUGCAGUAUAUUUUCCUCUAUCUAUAUGAUAAUUUAAAAAUAGCAUUUUUAGCAUUUCAUGAACCAAAAUGUAUUUGUAUAUAAAUUAUAUAUGUUAUAUUAAAUAAUUACAAUUUUACUUAUAUUAGACAAAAUGAACUUGUGAGUUAAAACAGCAAAGGUAAUGAACUUAAAUAACAAUACAGUUUGUUUUGAAUUUUGAUCUUAGUAGUGCUGUUUUCAGCUUUUGUGUAAGGCUGGUACUUGCCGCCUUUGACCAAUAGCUCACUCAGGUGGCACAUCUUAGAGCCACCUGUCAGUGGGAAUUGCUAUGGCAUAAUUCAAAGCUUGUAUACAUUCAUGCUGAUGCAGUUUACUGUUGUUGUGUAAGGCUGGUACUUGUCGCCUUUUACCAGCACUUCUUUUGAGUGGCAUGGUCAAACAAGCCGCUCAUGAAAGGGGAGAUGCAUGAAUGUAUACCUUCUGUAUUGACAAUUUUCUAUUUUGCAUCAUGGUCAAAUAUAUAGCAAAUGAAAGAAACAGUAGGUUAGUAUAUACAUAUGCAUGCAGUAUAUUUUUCUCUAUCUAUAUGAUAAUUUAAAAAUAGCACUGUUUAGCAUUUCAUGAACCAAAAUGUACUCGUAUAUAAAGUAUAUACGGUAUAUUAAAUAAUGAAUGUAUACCUUCUGUAUUGACAAUUUUCUAUUUUGCAUCAUGGUCAAAUAUAUAGCAAAUGAAAGAAACAGUAGGUUAGCAUUAUAUAUAUACAUACAGUAUAUUUUGCUCUAUCUAUAUAAUAUUUAGCACUUUUUAGCAUAUUGCAUGAACCAAAAUGUACUUGCAUAAUACUUUAUAUAUAUUUUUACUUAAGUAUUAAACAAAAAUGAACAUGCAAGUUAAAACAGCAAAGGUAAUGAACUUAAACAACAAUACAGUUUGUUUUGAAUUUUGAUCUUUAUUUAUUAGUGUUGUUUUCAGCUUUUGUGUAAGGCUGGUACUUGCCGCCUUUGACCAAUAGCUCACUCAGGUGGCACAUCUUAAAGCCAUCUAUCAGUGGGAACAAAUAUAUGCUGAUGCAGUUUACGGUGGUUUUGUUAGGCUGGUACUUGCCACCUUUUACCUGCAGCACCAAUUUGAGUGGCAUGGUCAAACAAGCUGCAUGAUCAUGAAAGGGGAGAUGCAUGGAUAUAUAUACCUUCUGUAUAAAUAUUGACAAUUUUCUAUUUUGCAUGGUCAAAUACUGUGUAUACCGGUAGCAAAUGAAAGAUAUAUUUUAGAGGGGGGUGGGCAGUGUUUUUUAAAUUUUUAGUCAUUUUUAAAUUUUUAAAGGGGGGAUGGGGGCGGUUUUUCUACCAUAUCAGUGAAAUUUUUUGUACUGAUGUUGCGAAUGGCGCCAUUUUACUAUAAGAAUUCUGUAUACCCAAGCCCACACGCUCCUAUCGAUCAGUAUAUAUAGCGCGAAGGUCUGAGCAUUCAAAUAUUAAACUGUUUAAGCUGUAAAACGAAGAGAUUUACAUAAAAAAGAGGCAGCAGAAAUCGAGAGGCGAGCGGUGAUGCCAAGUUUUUAUUUAAUUUGGCCUUAUAAUAUAUAUACUGCAUGCUUGUGCCAGGCAUGCUGUAAAUAAAAAUUAAAUGUGUAAUCUCAUUAUAUUUCUUAUUUUAGCAUAAGGAUGUAAGCUUUGAGGAUGCUGUCAGCUUGUAAUAUGCAUGGUAACCCCCCAAAUUCUGGUAAAGGGAAACAUUGAAAACUGCAACGACUGCAACGAGAUUGAUGGCCGUUGUUGCCGAAACCAUGGUCCUUUAUAUCUUCUGAAGAUGGCUGGUAGAUGUAGCUGUGGCAUUUGUGGCUACAAAUUAUGUACUUAUAUGGACAGUACCCAGGUAGUCUUAUGUACUAAAGCUACUAAACAUAAACAUAAACAACAGCAAGAAGCUACUGGCUUCUGUGAUAACCUAUUUGUGAACAAGCUCAAUACAAUUAUGAUCGAAGAUGAUGAUUGAAACUGCUAAGUAUUAAAAUGUGCUAUAGCCAUUUUAAGCAAUCUUACACGAGGCAAUUUUUGUUGCAACUUCUGCCACAUAGAUUGAUGUAUAGUAUAUUUAUAAUAACAUCACAUAAAAAGUAUUAACUGAGAUUCAGCGACCUUAAAUUUACUCUGAUUACGUUUUACAUAACAUUGCUAUAUAUGCCAGAAGUUGCAUUGCAAGUUGCACCAAAAAUUGCCUCACGGCCUUAAUUAAACACUAUAUAUAUAUAGAUAUAUUAAAACUGUUUUAUAUUACCUCUUUGAUCUUUUAAGACUUUGUAUUUCAUUUUUCAAUUGGUGCAUGUAGAUGCAUGUAUUACAGUACAACUGAACUAUAUAUACUGUACAUUGAAGGUUUAUCAGCUCAAACGAACUGAAACCUGCCAACUGAAACUAUUACAGUAAAGUCUGCAACUUAUUAUAAAAUUGACGUCCGAGAAUGACUUCCCGAUCGAGCCGCCAUUUUGGCUAAAGUCACUAAAGUAAUAACCUUCCAUCCAUGUAUACAUAUAGUUCAGUGUACUAGAGUAAUAUUUUAAAAAUCUUGUUGAGUUGUGGGAGGUUUUAAUAAUUAUAAACGUUUAUUCUUCAAAAAAUAUUGUUUGUGCUUGCAUAAUUCUAUUGACGAUUAAUAGUAUUUAGUAUAAUUAUAUAGGUGAUUAUUGAAAAUUCUCCACGCUGAUUGGUUGCCGUUGAGGUGAUUAUUACGCGAUAAUCACCUAAGCGAUUUUCAAAAUGGCGGCCGAAGCCUUUUUGUCAAUUAAAUGACGAAGAAAUGUGUAUUUUCUUAUUUUUUUCCAAAUAAUCACCUAUGAAAUUAUACUAAAACAAUUAUUCACCUCAGGCUCGGUAAUUAUCGUGAAUAAAAACCUCGACUUCGUCUCAGUUUUUAUUCACCGAUAAUCACCUCGCCUUCGGCGAAUAAUUGUUAAAUAUAAUUAUUUUUGUUUCUCAAAGUAACACACUGUGGAGUACUUUUGUUCCUUACUGUGGCACACUGUGGAGUACUUUUGUCUGCUACUUUAAUGGAGCAUUUUUUAGUAGAUGUACUCAAAGUUUGAGUAAACUGUACAUUUACUCAAAAUAGAGAGUCAUUUCGGGCGCAUUUUAUUUGAGUAACUAGAACUCUUUUUUGAGUAAAAAUACUCAGAGUUUGAGUAAACUGUACAUUUACUCAAAAUAAGGAGUCACUAUGGGUACAUUUUAUUGAGUAACUAGAACUCUUUUUUUGAGUAAACAUACUCAAAGUUUGAGUAAAUUUACUCAAAGUUUGAGUAAACUGUACAUUUACUCAAAAUAAGGAGUCACUAUGGGUGCAUUUUAUUUGAGUAACUAGAACUCUUUUUUUGAGUAAACAUACUCAAAGUUUGAGUAAAUUUACUCAAAGUUUGAGUAAACUGUACAUUUACUCAAAAUAAGGAGUCACUAUGGGUGCAUUUUAUUUGAGUAACUAGAACUCUUUUUUUGAGUAAAAAUACUCAAAUUUCGAGUAAAAUUACUCACAUUUUGAGUACGUUUACUCAAAGUUUGAGUAAUUUAUUGUUUACUCCUACCGUGAGUAACUGUAAAUGUGUAUAACUUGAGUACUUUCAACUCAGUUUUUUGAGUAAAUUAACUCAAAAAUUUGAGUAAAUAUUACUCACAUUUUAUGAGUAGUUUUACUCACUAUUUUGUGUCACUGUGGGUGCAUUCAUUUACUCAAUUUUUUGAGUGGAUUCUACUCAGAAUUUUUUGCAGUGUAGUGGAAUUUGUUGAGUCGUUGCACUUAUUUAAUUAUGCUCUGGAUAUCCAUUGAGCACUCUGCCAAAUGUUUUUGUAAACAACGAAACCUAAUUCUAUAUAUAUAUAUAUAUAUAUAUAUAUAUAUAUAUAUAUAUAUAUAUAUAUAUAUAUAUAUAUAUAUAUAUAUAUAUAUAUAUAUAUAUAUAUAUAUAUAUAUAUAUAUAUAUAUAUAUAUAUAUAUAUAUAUAUAUAUAUAUAUAUAUAUAUAUAUAUAUAGUUUUUCGUUUUACCUCAAAAAACCACAACAGUCUGUUUCAUCCGUAUAGGAAUUCCUUCCUAUACGGAUGAAACAGACUGUUGUGGUUUUUUGAGGUAAAACGAAAAACUAUAUUACGCUCUAUCUAUAUGGUAUUGAGCACUGUUUGUGUUUCGUAAACCAAAAUCUUAAGCUAUAUAUAUAUAUAUAUAUAUAGUUUUUCGUUUUACCUCAAAUAUAUAUAUUUUAUUUAUUAACUUUACAAUCAUGCAAAAAUUAUAAAAAUGAUUGAAGGUAUGGUCAACAGGACACGAGUCCCAUGUGAAGACCAACCUGAUACAAUACAAUACAAUAAGUAGACAUACAUUAAAGACAAGGACUAGAACACUAUUUACAUAGCUAUAUAAAAAUUAAUAGUUUAGAUUAUGAGCAACAGCUUAAGUUGAAAGAACGGCAUUUAGAGCAGAAGGUUUUCCAAGUGCGCAUUCUGUUAAUAUCGAAAGAAGAGUCUAAUUGAGAAGAGUAGUGAGAAUGGAGCUGGAGCUUAAAGGAUGAAACAGACGAACUGUUACGAAUGACCGGAGAGAGAUUGUUCCAUAGAAAGACAAUUCGGUUAAAAAAGAGUUUCUAAAAAGAGAGGUUUUGCACAGAUUGACUUGAAGCAAGUUGUCCUUACUUGAACAGGUGCGAGAUGAGCGAUUAGAAGAAAAGGUGACAAAAGAGGAGAUAUCUAGGUCAUAGAGGCCUUGUUUGCAUUUGAAAAAAAAGAUGAGAUCCUUUAUUUCAAGCCAGUAAGAUAUAGGCAAUAAAUUAAGUUUCCUAAGAUGCUCAAGAUAAGACAACUCAUAAUUUUAAAACAACUCAUAAUUUUAAACAACUCAUAAUAUCUUUUUACGUAUCGCAGGCUGCGGCUACGAGAAUGACGAGUCAAACAAGGUUGCAACUCUCAAUUGUUCUCAUUACCUAGUACCUUCAACUGUGAUCCUGACUGGAAACCACUAUCACACUAUGCAUUCUAUAAUUUUUGCCCACCACAUUUCCCGCCAGCGUGUUGGGUGAGAAAUUUUUUUCCGCCGAAUGUUGACAAUAAUGAAGAUAAACUCCAUAAUUUCUUGAACAAACCGAACAAUGAAGGUGGUCCAUGCAUUGUUCUCCAAAUCAAAGACUCCCACCAGACAAAAUUAACUUAACAAACAAUAAUUUUCCUAACAAAAUUUCUUAACAAGUUUAGAAAUUGUGCACACAAGAUAUUAUAAUUGUAAAUAUAUGAAAAGUAGCUCAAUAUAUUGGUUGCACUAUACAAACUUUCCAUGCUGGAGCAUUAUUAUUAUACUAUUUUAUGAUUCUUUAGAGUUUGAAAAUGCAGAGACACUUCUGAACUCUGAAGUGUUCAUGUUGCUGGAGCAUCGUAAAGGUCAAAGUGAUGGCCCAGAGGAUGAACAAGAACUCUCACAAGUUUUUAUGAAAACACUAGAUCACACACAGAAAUUUAGUCGAUAUAAAAACCGUGAAACUAUUGCCAGUGUACGAAGGUUGGUAGUUCAUUCAAAAUACAAAAAUUAAGCAUUAUGUACUGUACAUGUAAUCAAAAACAUGCCAUGAAAUGAGUUUUUCCAGAAAAGAUACACCUUGCCCCCAAAGAGGAAAUUUCUGCCAUCCAGAGGGAGAGGGGGACGGUAGAAAUUAUUUCUGAUUGUAGUACUGGGGUUAACUUCCAAUUUCCUCUGUGGGGGAGGUAUGGAUGUUUUCUGGAAUGACCAACAACACACCAUCAAACACUUGCUAUUCAUGAGUUGUAAACUAUCCAAAUAUUUUUGAAAAAAGCAAGACAAGUGUUUCAUUUCUUAAAUUUCCUCAUUUCCAGUUUACUAGGAAAAAAGAAGCUUCAUAAAUUUGAACUGGCAUGCCUUGCAAACCUCUGUCCUGAAACAGCAGAAGAAGCAAAAUCUCUUAUACCAAGGUUUGAUGCAAUCCAUUUUAAACAGUCUGUGUUAGGGUGCAUGUUAUGUAAAUGAUACCUGGGACUUUUUCAGUUUCUAGAGCUGUGCAAACUCUGGUUAUUUUAGCUCCGGCAGUCAAAACUCCGGCAAGGAAAUUGUAAGGAAAUUUCAUAUUUACAAGUAGAAGCAGGCAAAAGUAUUUCAGUGUAUUUUCAGAAUUUAUUUUAUUCCUUUUUGAGCUUUCUCCCUUACUUUUCAAAUAUACGUGCUUCGGUGCUUGUUUAAACAAUGUUUUGUAGAAAGUAAAACCACAUGGCAGUGUGGUAUUUUCGCCCAAAAUACAUUGUCAUUGGGGUAAGCAGAUAUUUGUAUCAAAAGCGAUAGCAAUGUGCUUACAGAAUUUUCCAAACCACGAAUCGGAUCGGAGCAAGUAAUUAAACUUUAUAGUAACUUCAAAUCAUUCAAGUUAAUUUUUCCAUUACCAAAAGUUCAUUGAAAUAUGAAAUAAUUUUUCAUAAUUUUGACUGCCGGAGUUUUCCGGCCGGGCUCCAGCGCACAGCUCUAACUUUUUCCGAGUCUAACAACAGUUAGGAAAAAAUACUCUCGCUUUUAAGGAAUUAUAAUAUCUUAAACCAUGCAUUAACCUGUGCUUAUGAUAAUUUUAUAGAAUAUUUAUACUACAAUUUUCAUUGAAAUAUAUGUAGUUGAGAGUGUUUUAGUAAAGUUGUUUUUUUUUCAGUCUUGAGGGGAGAUUUGAGGAUGAUGACUUGCAGCAACUGUUGGAUGAUAUUCAAACUCAUCGAAGUUUUCAAUAUUGAGCAAUAUAAACGUGACUUUUGAUUAAAGGUCUGUAUGUUGAUUAGCUUUUCCUGUAAGGAAAUUGGAAGUAAAUAUGGUGUCUAGCAAGCAAAGGAUCGUUGGUUCUGACUAAGCAAAGGAUUGUUGGUUCUGGUUCAACUGAUAUUACUCACAAAUUUGCCAAAGACGUUUAUGGCCAAACAGUGGAAUGUCUACUUUAUUUGUUAAAAUGAAAAUGUUGUAAAAUAAACCCAUCUAAUGUUCAUAGCAUUAC